UUGCUGCUUCUUCUUGCUAGCUGCAAAUGCUCAGUCUUCUUCUACCUUGUUUUUCUGGCACUGUUCCUGUCUGUCAGCUAUGACAGAAGAAGUCACCUAUGCUAAUCUGAAGUUUGAAAACACCUAUGAGCUGGAGAACAUCAGGGAGCCUAAAGACACUAAGGAAAAAGGGCCUCCCGCUUCGUCUCACUCUUAUGGGCCAGUAGUCCUGAUUUUGUUCAUGCUGUGCCUGGUGCUGCUGACAGUGCUGGUGGCCCUGGCAGUUCUACUUUUCCAGAUUCCCGAGGAGUACAGGACACAGCUCAGGAGCCUCAACGCGACAAACCAUGAGCUGCACGCCAAUUUCUCGCGGGCGCUGCACCAAAUGGGCACGCAGCUGUGCCUGGGCAGGGAAGCAGGCCUCCAGAGCAACGGCUUGAGCUGUGCACUCUGUCCUGCAAACUGGAGGUGGGAAGGUGGCAAUACUUGUUAUUACCACUCCAGUGACAAGAAGACGUGGGGACAGGGUCACCAGUUUUGUUCCUUGCGAAACUCUACUCUUCUUCUGAUAAAAGAAGCCUCAAAGCUGGAAUUGGUAAAUAGAUUCCCUAGAAGAACAUACUGGACUGGAUUAAUGUUUAGAGAUGAUGUGAGAGACUGGUACUGGGCAGACAACACAGCUGUGACAGAAGAUCAGAGGUUUUGGGUAAAGCUUGAAAAAGCCCCUGAAAAAUGCCCAUCUUUUUAUUAUGGAAGAAUCUAUGAGGAAUUCUGUGAAUAUGAGAGUUACUAUGUCUGUGAAAAGCCUGCUAUCCAGCUGCAGAGACACGACAACCACUGGCAGAACUAGUUUGUCAGACCAGAGUGGUGAGAAGCUAGAAGAUAUUCUGCAAGAGAGGAAUGGGCAUGGCGAUGGGCUCCAGGAGAGACUCGAGACUCUCACUUCAAAUCCAAAACUGCCAAAUGAUGCCUCAGUUUUCAUCAACACAGGUGAUGGACCAAAAUGGCUCAAAGUGACCACCAGGAAAAGAAGCACAAUGAGAAAAGAAACGUGUGAAAAUACUGCUCCUCUCCCUGCAGCCACCGAUACAAGCAGUAUGACCUCUUGUCAGCUCAUCACUGUACAGCUGCAGCGUAGCGCAGGCAAUGAACAUUAAACACUUCCA